AUUAAUAAUCAUAAUAAUUUUAUUCAGUAUAUAUAAAGAUGAUUAUGAACCGUUUAACUAAUUCAUAGUUCCGAGCUGUGGGACUUGACUUUUUUUUUGAACAGUUUACCAAAAGUUAAGACUCUCUACUAAAAAAAUGGCUUCUGAACAAUUCCAGUUACCAGAAGAUUUUUUGAUUGGAGUCGGAUCUGGUGCAUAUCAAGUUGAAGGUGCAUGGGACGCUGAUGACAAGGCUCCUAGUAUUUGGGAUAAUUAUUUUCAUAAAAAAAAUAUCGUAGUCUCCAAUCCAGCAGCUGUGAAAUUAUUACCCAAAAAGAAAUGUUCUAAUUUUCACAGAGGAACAGAUGUCCAUACUCAAGAUCCAACUCGUGGUUUCUCAGUCGUCAAUGGAGAUAUUGCUUGUGACUCUUAUAAUAAACUCGAUGAAGAUAUAGAUAAUUUGGUUGAACUCGGAGUAAAUACCUACCGGUUUUCUAUAAGUUGGCCAAGAGUUUUGCCAAAUGCCGAUGACCGAAAAGUAAACAAGGCUGGAAUUAAUUAUUAUGAAACGUUAAUUGAAAAACUUCAUGAGAACAAUAUUACACCAGUGGUAACAAUGUAUCACUGGGAUCUACCGAACAUUCUUCAAGACCUUGGUGGAUGGUCAAAUCCAAACAUUAUUGAAUAUUUUGUAAACUACGCAAGUUUUCUUUUCAGAACAUUUGGCUCAAAAGUAAAACUAUGGAGUACAAUUAAUGAACCCAGAUUCGUAGCUUUGGCUUAUGGUAAUGAGAACAUUGCACCCAGUAUUGGUGAAUUGUUCAACGGUAUCGCUGACUACAUGGCCAUUCGAAAUGUAUUGCUUGCCCACGCAGCAGUUUACAAGUUAUACAAGAAUAAGUACUUUGCCGAACAGCAGGGUGAGAUUAGUUUAUGUUUAGACACAACGGCAUAUUUUCCGGAAAAUCCGGAUCUAAAAGAGGACUGUGAUGCUGUUUCAAAAUCAUUCGAUUGUUCGCUUGGAAUAUUCACUCAACCAUUGAAAAAUGGUACAUUUCCACAAUCAUUGAUAGAUGCUAUCGCUAAGACAGACAAAUAUGAAAACAUAUCUAUAAGGCGUAUCCUAGAAUUUACCGAGAAAGAAAAAGAAGAUCUCAUAGGAUCAUAUGACUUUAUUGCUUUCAAUUAUUAUGAUUCAUUCAAGGUAAGACCAAUGACCGCAAUUGAGUACGAAAAUGAGACAUAUUUACUGAACAAAGAUUUGGGAUUAGUAUCUACACCGAAUUCGGAAAAUUUGAACGAUACUUUUAGAGGAUUUACUCAAGUAGUCGAUUGGCUGGUGGAAAACUUAGAUAAUCCGAAGCUGUUUGUUUCUGAAAAUGGUAUUUUCGAAAAGCCUAAUGUAGAUCAAAGUGAUUUGAAAAUCAAAUAUCAUCGUGGCAUUUUGACGGAACUUGACAAAGCCUUAAAAAAAGGUGUUGUUAUUAAAGGGUAUUGUGUCUGGUCAUUUAUGGAUUCGUUGGAAUGGAUUAGUGGAUAUUUCACCAAAUUGUUUGGUAUAUAUUCAGUAGAUUUCAACGACCCAAACAGACCCCGUUCCAAGAAACCAUCAUUUAAGUUCUUCCAAACACUUUUCAAAACAAAAUCAUUGCCACCUAUCGAGUCUAAUUAAUAAUAUCGCUAUGAAUAAAUGGUUUAUUUUAAAGGGCUUAAAUAGUUGUAGAAAUCUGCAUGUACUUAAAUUUAGAUUUAAAUUAUAGUAGUAUCUGAAAAAAUAAUAUUGUAGUUAACUGAUAAAAAUAUAUUAAAUAUAUAAAUAUGUAUAAUUUAUUA